CUUAAUGGCCAACAGCUGGUGGCCAGGUCAGCUGUUCUCGCUUGAUUCUCGCUCUCUGCCUCUGUCUCCCUCUGCUUGGCGGUGGACUUUUCGAACCCUUCGCUUAUAUAAUCAUUCAGAACCCUGCAGAAUCUAUACAAAUUAAGCACUUGACACAUGUCCGAGUGUACGUAUAAAUAGUUUUACGGGUUCCACUGGUUUUUAACGGUGGUCGAUAAGAUUUGAGCUUCCUCUCACUGUGCCCUAGCCGACAGUGCAUACUUCUGGAUUUGGAUCUGCUUGCUUCGGUUUGCAGUAUUAAAUGGAUUCGGAGAACAUGUUGAUGGCUUUGCUGCUGACCAUGGCCCUGACGCUGAUUGUGGCUUGGCUACUGCAGUUGGCUCUGAGGGAGAUGAGACAUCCGCUCAGGGGAUUUGUGCCCAGCGUCUCGCGGGUGCCGCUGGUUGGAGCCGCCUGGCAAAUGCGCAGCUUCCAACCGGACAAUCUCCACGAGAAGUUCGCCGAGUACGUGGAACGCUUCGGACGUAGCUUCAUGGCCUCCGUUUGCGGCCAAGUCAUUAUGGUCACCGCCGAGCCGAGCCAUGUGGACGCCCUGCUGCACAGCCAGAAACAGCUGCGCAAGAGCAGCAUCUAUGGAGCCCUACGCGGCUGGCUGGGCAAUGGGCUGCUCCUCAGUCAGGGCGAGCAGUGGCACGGCAUGCGCAAGAUCAUCACCCCCACGUUCCACUUUAGUAUCCUGGAGGAGUUCGUCGAGGUGUUCGACAAACAAAGUCAGCUGCUAGUGGAGCGCCUGCAGCCCUUGUCGAAUGGUGGAAUGGUGGCUAUCAACAUUUAUCCAUACGUGGGCUUGGCCGCCCUCGACAUCAUCACUGAGACGGCCAUGGGUGUCUGUGUGAAUGCUCAGCUCGAUGCGGACUCUGCUGUGGUGCAGGCCGUCAAGGCCGUGACCAAUACUUUGGCGACCAGGUUUAUGCGUCCGCAUCUUCUGCCGCCGUUGCUCUUCCGACUCUGCUGGCCCAGUGGCUUUCGGAAGCAGCAGGAGGGUAUCAAAUGCCUGCACCUGUUCACAAACAGCAUCAUCGAGCAGCGUCGCCAGUUGCUUAGGAGAGAGAAUGCACCGGGAGAGCCAGUCGCGCGGGACAGGCGCAAUGCCUUGCUGGAUACACUGCUGAGGGCAACGGUGGAUGGCCAGCCGCUAACUGACAAGCAGAUACGCGAUGAGGUCAACACCUUUAUCUUCGAGGGCCAUGACACCACCACCUCGGCCAUCUCCUUCUGCCUGUAUCUUCUUUCGCGGCAUGCGGCAGUCCAGGAGCGGCUUUUUGAUGAGGUGAAAGGACACUUUGGCCGCGAGCUGGACCGAUGCGUGGUAUAUUCCGACUUUGCUGCUUUGCCGUUUCUGAAUUGUGUGGUCAGGGAGGCACUGCGCCUGUAUCCGCCCAUUCCGGCCUUGGGACGUUGCCUGGAAACAGAUUUGGCAGUGGAAGGUGGACGCAUUCCAGCGGGGACCAAUGUGAUUCUGCUGCUCUGGCAACUGCUUCGGGAUGAGAUGCUCUUCGCAGAUCCACUGAUUUUUCGACCGGAGCGGCACCUCUCUAAUAAGGCCACUUCUAAGAAGGGCGCAUACAGCAAUAUACCCUUCAGUGCGGGACCACGCAACUGCAUCGGCCAAAAGUUUGCCAUGUUCGAGGUUAAAACCAUGAUCAUAAAGAUGCUAAGAAAUUUUAUACUGCUUCCCAUCGGCCCGGAUGUGGAGCCCUCUAUUAAGAUCGUAUUGCGAUCCCGAAAUGGCGUUCAUUUUGGACUUCGCCCACGCGUUUAUUGAUAUUUUGCUUACAUCUUAAUUUUCAGAAACAAUCAGCUGUCUGCAAUGCAAGCGAUAUCGACUAUUUAGAUUUUAAAUCUCGGGUUGGUUGCCGCGCUGGUGAAAUCGAUAUUUACAUAUAUCGAUAUUUGGCAUAAAAACGUCAACCUAAUGGAAAACAAUUUUAAAUACCUUCUACGAACCUUCAA